CGUUCUUUUUAAAAGUUAAUUCGAUAAAAAACAAAAGCAAUCGAUCGUUCGCAAUAAUAAAAAAAAAUGUGUUUCGAAUAUUUUGAACGUGACUUUGAAAUUCGAAAUUAGUUAAAAAAGAUUGCACCAAAAAAACUUUAAUAAAAACAGUCAACAAAUAAGUUGUUAUUUUUUCAAAAUAAACAUUCACAAGAUUAAGAAGUUUGUAAAAGGAUUAUAUACUUACCAAUGUAUGUGACGUGCUGUUAUCAUUUUUUCCUCGGCUCGGAUAGAUAACGCUCAUUUGAUUUCGUGCUUAUUUCGUGCGUUAUCGUUAACACAAGUUUUUGUGUUUCGGUUAUUUUAACGGUUUAAUUUUAAAGUGAACGUUGAUUUUAGUACAGUUUGAUUGGUAAUUAAGUGAUAGUGUUAGUUUAUAAAGUGUGAAGUGCAUUUGGAUUGUGGCUGUAACAUUUUUCUACGGUGUCGAACACCGUAGAGCAGGUCGAGGAGGUUAUGCAGCAGAGGGCGCCAAAGGUGCCUAAUAACAUCAAAUUACAGCAGCCUACCGUUACUGGAUCGCAGUUACGAACGAGGGCCUUAUCGGCGAAUUUCUUCAAAGCAACCUUCAGUUCUCGUAUCAAGGCGGUACCAGCCGCCUCUUCGUACUCCGUCGAAUCAAUCACCAAAAUAGGCAACGCGGAGACCAAACCUAUUACUAGAAAUAGGCCUAGGACAGCCGCAGAACUUGAAUCAUCAGAAAAAUCAAGAUUAAAAAGGUCAGUCAAACCAGUCAAGAAACUUAUUAAACCUUCUGACCCGGAGCGACCGACUAGGACCAAGCAAGUAACACAACCAGACUUAGGAGGACCAAAGACGAAUGAAAUUCCUAAAACUAAAGCUGCCCAUGACUUGAAAAGUCCAAAUGUCGUCUUACAAAUUGUGAAGAAGUCUCAUGCAGCGCCGAAACCUCCUGUUUCUAAAGUAACUACUUCUAACAGUAUCUUACCGCCAACUUUGAAACCAAAGGUAGACAAGACAAAGUUGAAAUUGACGAAGAACAUCAACAAUAAUGAUGUUUGGACGCCCGCCAAUGAGGCCAGAAUACCCAGUAAAGUCGCCACGCUUCCAAUAAGAGGGCCAAGUCAGGGGAAACAAGAGACUACGUUGAAAGGGGCCCCCUCGAUAUCCAGUCUCGAUUCGAAGCACCAUAAAGUUGCGCCAGCGAGGGAUAAGAGUUUGAAGAUCUUUGGGUCGAAAGAGAAGCUGCAUAAGGCUCACAAGAAGAAGGAUUUGGGGAACAAUAAUGCCGUGCUGGAGGACCCUGAGCUGAGAGAGGGGGAAUUCGAGGAUGCUCGGGGGGAAUACGGCAGCGCGGAGGAGCUGGGGUCGGUGGACGAGCGCUCGUCCCAGGAGUACGUGAGCCUGCCCGUGACGCUCAACGCUGAACACAUGCCUGGCUUCCAGGAGGUCGAUCUCAGACCCAGAAUACCAUCUGAGGCGUCGCUGGCGUCAGGGGUGCGAGAGAUCGAGUCCUUACGGCGUGAACUGGAGGCGACCGUGAUGGAGCGAGCCCAGCUGCAGACCAGAGUCGAGGAGUUACUGGAGCGCGCCACUGAAGCGGAACGGCUGCGGACAGAACUGGACCGGCUGAAGUCGGUGUCUUCAGAGCAGGAAGCGGCGUUGGAGCGUCUGGCCGACGAGAACGGUGCGCUGCGCGCCCGGCUGCGCGGCGUGGCGCACUCGCCGCUCUCCGACAGCGAGAAGCGGCAGCUGUUGCUAGCGCCCGCGCCGCGCCGCAUGCACUCCUCCGCGCCCGCCUCCAUUGCGCUCGCGCAUAAUGGCGAGGGUGACAGUGGCGAGGCGAGUACCCCGGAGUGGGACAAGCACUCGUCCUCUUCCCUCAGCGAGGUCUCUGUCGCCUGUCUGCAGGACCGCAUCUUGCAAAUGGAGGAACACCACUACAGUACAAGCGAAGAACUCCAAGCGACAUUGGCAGAGUUGGCGGAUUUACAGACACAGUUGGCGGACGCUCACGCGGACAACGAGCGGCUGGCUGAUGAGAAGCAGGUGCUGCUGGAGUCGCUGUGCCGACAGACUGAAAAGCUCGAGGACAGCCGCACUAAGGUGGACACCCUGCAAGAGCUGCUCCUCCGCGAGGGUGUGGAGCCGGAGACGCUCAUGUCGGGGGACACGGACCAGCAGUUGUUCGCCGUGCUAAAGGUACUUAUACUAUCACAAGAGGAGCGACGUCAUCUUAUAUCUAAACAAGAGCAGUUGGAAGCAGACCUCGCCGAGAAGAAAGCCGCGCUCGAAGAGAAAACCAAAGAAAAUGAAAACUUAGCUGAAAAAGUCAGAACGUUGGAGAGUACGUUGGAGCGGGCCGAAGCAGAGAAGAUGCAAUGGGAGGCGGAGGCGGGCGCGGCGCGGGAACUGGCCGCCGCCCGGCAGCAUCAGCUCACCACGCUCAGCGACCUGCUGGACGCUGCUAAGGCUAAGCUGGCGGAGCGCGCGGGCGCGGCGGAGGGCGCGGCGGAGGCGGAGGCGGCGCUGGCGGCGGCGCGGCGCGACGGCGACACGCACGCGGCGCGCGCGCACGCGCUGGCCGAGCGGCUGGCGCAUGCGCAGCGCCAGCUGGACCGCGCGCACGCCGACGCCAGGAAGCUGCACGACGACGCGCUCGUGUCCCGCAACAACGCGAAGUCAACGAUCUCUGAACUGGAGUUCCAGCUGGAGCAGCUGCGGCAGGAGAAGGCGGCACUGCAGGCCGAGCUCAAGACGCUGCAGGACAACGUGACCGAGUCCCAGAUGCAGGUGCAGGUAGCGUCCGAAGAGAAGUUGUCGCUGAUGACGCGCGCGGGCGAGGCGCUGGCGCACGCGGCCGACCUGGAGCGGCAGCUGCAGGACGCGCGUGCACGGAACACGCAGCUGCAGCGCGACCGCGAGAGAGACGAGGCAGAAUGGAAACAGUUCCAAAGCGACCUUCUAAUGACGGUCCGCGUCGCCAACGACUUUAAAACCGAAGCCCAAAGAGAACUAGAACGACUCGUGUCCGAGAACAAGAUGUCCAGGGACAGGAUACGACUGUUGGAGGACCAGAUACACUCCAUGAAAGGUGUUAACAAGUCAGGAUCAGUGGAUAGCGUUCAUAACUAUUCCGACGAUGAGAAACGACUCUCUAAAGAUUCCGAUUCGUUGGACUCGCAAGGGGAAAAUUCAAAGGAUAUCUUCAAAAGUAUAUGCACUCGGUAUUUGUCUAGGGUACACAGUGUUUCCGAUCCGCCGACCAAAGAAUCUAUUGUAGAUCAAGCUUUCUACAGACUCAAUAGUGUACCAGAACCAAAGAAUGAUAUAGAUACCAUUCUUCCGGACUUUAAGAUUCAAAUUGAAAAUGUGACGAUGGAUGAAACGAAUGACGAUGAAAGCCAUGUCACUUCUUCAGACAACUCCGAUGAUUUCAACAGCAGAAUACUGGCGGAAGCAAUUUUACCACCCUUUGACAAAGACUUUAAACGGCAAGAUGCUCUUGAUCUCCCUAAAAUAAAUAGACAAGAUGCUUUAGAAGUCAAUUCCUCUAUUGAAGAUGAGAAAUUAAUAGAAAAAAUCUUGGAUGUGGUUCGAGAAGAAGACCCAACAGAAAUAAAAGAACCAAGCAUUACAAGUGAGGAUAUAAAGAUCAUUGACCCAAAUACAGACAUUGUUAAAUUAGUUUCGAAAUCUGAAUCCUACAGUUCAAAUAAACCAAGAGAUAAAACUAUAUUCAGUAGAAGUCUUUCUGGUAUGUAUAACGGUAAACCUAAAUCGUUUAGUGCCGAUAACUUACAUAAAACAGAUGGAUUCAAAGAUGCUUUAAAAGAGGCUACUAGCAUAGAGUUCCUGCACGAUAAUUAUAGUGAAAUGUCUUUAUUCACUGAAGGCUCUGACAGCGUUUUCUUAUCUCCUAUUGAGAAAAAUAGAGAUUUUAAGAAAUUUGAUAAAGAACAUGUUAUUAUGCCAAUAAAUACUGAAGGAGCUCUUAUACAUUCAUCAACAUUACUUAACAAUUUUAUUAGAACUAAGGAACAUAAGGAAGAAGAAGAUCUUAUUAAAUUGCCCAUUGUCAAGGCAGAAUCUAUACUUCCAGUACCAUAUCCUGAUGAAAAAAAGAACAUUGCCAAACCAGAUAUUUUUAUUGAGGUUGUUAAUGAUAAAACUCUAGAUGAAGUAGAACAAGAUUUGAAAAAAGCUAACGAAGAUAUAAAAUCUAGUUUUAAAUCAGCUUUGGGCAGGAUCAUAGGGAAUAAUAAAGGUCGUAGGUCAUCCUCACCAGUAAUAAGGCUGUUCAAAGAUACCGAUUCGUGUAAUAAAAGUAAUAAAUCUGAUAGAAGUUCGGAAUCGUCAGAUAGUGAUUGGUCUAUAUUUGGGAGCCGAAGGGAUAGUGAAGUAAAAUCUGUAGUUCAAAAGCGGAGGUUUAGUGACAUGAAACCACUUGUUGACAAUCGGCAGAAAUCUUCCACUUCUCAGAAACGCCAUUCCGAUUCAUCCAUUAGUGGACAACGAUUAAUUGAUAACCAUAGGUCACCCUCCACAAGUAUCAAUGAAGAGGCAGAGCCUAUUACAUCUGAAUCGAUUAGUGAAGUCGUGCAAAAUAUUUUUAAAAAUAUGGAAAAGAUCAAUGAAAGCACCAUAAAAGCUAGAUUAGGAUCACAGGAGUUGGCUAUCGCAGAAAACGUCAACGACAAAGAUGAUUCCCCAAAACUUGUGGAUCAUAAUGUUCCAUUAGUAGUUUUAGAUAAAGUGGAAGUAAAUAAGACACAAACUCCUCAAAAGAAUAAGACUUCAUCUGAUGAAAUUGAAACAAAUUCAAUUCCGAAAAUUAUCGAAGAAAUUAAAGCGGAAAAGGAAAAUCCAGUUCAAUUCGUAAAUACAGCUAAUGGAAAAGUAACUACUGAGAAUGAAACUAAACUUUCUAAAACUAUUACAAAUCCUGAACCUCACCUAGACAACAAUGUGUGUUAUCAUUUAAAAAUAAAUACAGUUAACGACCUUGUGUGCCAAGAUCUGCCAAAAGAAGUAGCUAAAACAGCACACGAUGAAGUUGAUACCAAAACUGUUGAAAAGAGGCUUAAAACAUUCCUUCCCAUUAAAAUAAUACACGGGAAUUACGUGAAUAACAGUGGUGAUCGUACGCCAUCGCCAAUUAUAAUUAGUCCAGUUCUAAUACAACCUAUAUUUUUUACGCCCAAUGCAAGUGCAAAGCAUCCAGGUGCAAUUGAGCCCAGAAAAGACAACAAAACCACUGUUUAUUAUGAUGACAUAGAUCAAGUCUCUUCUGAAAAUAAAAAUUCUACCGUUGUAACUGAUACGCCAAAACCCGGCGAAAUACCGAAAAGAAAAGGUAUUUAUCAAAGAAACACCAAAGCAAAGAACUUACCUUUCCUAUCCUGGAAGACUUUUGGAUCUAACGACAGUCUACCCGAGUCUAAAACUCCUUCGCCGAACAUAAUUACAACCAAACCUGCUGACAUGAUUAAACCAAAAGUAGUGAAAUUGUCCAAGACUCCAGAAUUCCUCAUCGAUAAUCAGUAUUAUCAACCUAUGAAAAACGUUCCUUUUGUAAUUAACGCGUCGCCAACAUCUUUCACUAAACCAGAAAUUCUUGAAGUAAAACCAAAGGAAGUCCAACCUUUAUCUGCUCCUGUUACGACCACUAAUCCCUUCCAUUCUUUAGAAUCUAGGCGAUAUUCUGAAGAGAAUUACUAUGAAGAAAUAGGUGAACCGACAUUCCCUUACCAAACUGGCAAAAAUGUAGCUGAUGAUGAUAAAAUCUCCACUCAAAACAAAGUCCAAGAUGACUUUGCGGUAAUCACUAGAGAAGAGUUGCUCAAAGUGCCGCGAAAACCAAAACGACCGAAGAAAGAGGAAAAGGCAGAGAAAGCUAAAAUCCCUACAAUAGUUACAGAGGACACUGAUGAUAUUGUUAAGGAGAUGGCUGGCAUCACCAAGUCUGUCAUAUCUUUAUCUCGAUCUCCCAGUGCGACAGAUUCCAGUAAGAAGGGUGGUGGUACAAUUACCGAUAUAGUCCAGAACCUGGAACGAAUGUCACCACGUAUAGACGUAAAAACUGCGGAGCUGCGGAAAUUUUCGUUGCAAGGUCAAGGGCACAAGGGGCCUCAGAUUGAGACGAACACUGGAUCGUUGCCGCGGCCCCCCAAGCCGUAUUGGAAGACGUUGGAUCACAAAAGACUGUCGCACCCUAUAAGAUCAUUGAACGACCCUCCGCCGCAGCGCCCGCUACCGAUACCACCACGAAAUGAGGAACCGCCAGCGCCGCCGCCUUUACUGUCCAGCGCUUCUCUCCAAGAUAUUAUGGCGACAGCAGCUUCUAGACGAACCAAAGGUGUUAGCCGCCAGGACUCCCGGCUGUCGGUGAAGUCGUUAAUUGAGAGUAUCGAGAACGCCGCCAAGGCCGCCAAGCAAUCCCCCGCCACCACACCCGUUGGAGAAUGGCCGCAGGUACAAACAACAGUGGGAGUUACAACAGCCCCACCACCCAUCAAGAACGGCCUGUCAGACCCCGCGCCUGCCACCAACGGGAUCUCUAACAACAACUUUUCCAAGCCCCCCGCCGCCAGAAACAACAGACCGUCGCCCAUCGCUGCAGAGAGCGGGCCGGGCAACAUCCCCGACGAGCAGCGCGCGUUCGCCAGCCUGCAGCAGAAAGCCAUCGAGACCUUCGUGCGCAGGAACAGCCACACAGACAUCAGUGAAAGGAAGGACCCUCUAAACGCGCUGCAGGUGAAGAACGGCGGCUCCAAACGCAACGCGCUGCUCAAGUGGUGCCAGCAGAAGACUCUGGGAUACAGCAACAUUGACAUUACUAAUUUCAGCUCAUCAUGGAACGACGGCAUGGCCCUGUGCGCCCUGCUACACUCGUACCUCGGCGACAGUCGCGUGCACUACGCGUCGCUGUCGCCGCACGACAAGCGGACCAACUUCUCCGUCGCCUUCGCCGCUGCCGAGUCUGUUGGCAUACCUACUACACUGAAUAUUCAAGAUAUGAUCCAACAAGAGAGGCCGGACUGGCAGCAGGUGAUGGCAUACGUCACCAGCAUCUACAAACACUUCGAGACGUAAACAAUUACACUUUAUUAAAAUCCCCUCGCAUAUUUUAGGGGACACAUGAAAACGCGGUCGCGGCGCGGCAUUUGUCGCUGUGAAUGAAUUCGCGCGAUUCCAUACUAACUGGAAGAGUUCGAUUUUCCCGCUAUACGGUAACUCCGCCCCGCACCAAUUUCUAUCGGCCGCCGGCCUCUUCCUCUGGGUCUUACUUUAGUCUUAAAUGGCAGUAAGACGCUAAGGAGUAAAGGGAGCAUAUAUACAGUCCGUCUCGCUCGCACUAAUUAGGCGGCUGACGAUAAGAAUGAAAUUUUUGUACGGAUAGUCCGCGGCGUAUCGCAUUCGCACUCAUGAUUUAGAAGCGACUGUAUAUCACGCCUUAUAUGGCCGCGACAGCGAUUGACGACAUUGAUAUGAAAUCUUCCAAAUUUCUUCCUAUAUUUAUAAAUAUAUUGAGACUUGAAUAUCUUAUUCCAAAAAGAUAAUUAGACAACAUUAUUCGUUCUUUAAGUUUCUAGAGCCGACCUUAUGCGAAUCACAAACUUCUAACUUUAUUAAACAUCCAUUUGAAAUUUGAAAAGAUAUUCAAUGCCGAACUAAACAUGAUUAUUUAAAACCUUUAUUAAAACGUUGUAUUGAGGUACAUGUUGUCUAGUUAUCUAUAAAUAUUUUGCUAUUUAGCUAUACUUACUGAAAAUUACGACUAAAAUAUUCUUCAUACCUAUGACAUAAGAAAGUUCAAUUAUUUGUGUGAUUUUCUAUUGCUUUCUGACUUGCAAGAUUGUAAGACAAGGGGGGGUUAAAA